AUGGCGUUCGUCACCGCGAGCUGGAACCCGCUUGGAGACGCCUUUUACCGGAAGUCGGAGCUCUACCAGAUGAGCUGGAGUCUGAAGGACGGACUCAAAGACGCUCUAGUGGGAGCAGCACCAUAUGGGGGGCCCAUCGCAAUCCUGAAGGAGCCUCACAGACGUUCUCCGAGCUCUCGUCCUCAUCUGGAAAUUUACUCUGCAUCUGGAAACACACUAUCAUCCUUCACUUGGAAGAGUGGGACAGUGGUACAUCUGGGAUGGAGCGUCUGCGAUGAGCUCCUCUGUAUCCAGGACGACGGCACUGUCCUCAUCUACGACCUGUUCGGGACGUUUAGGAGACACUUCUCCCUGGGACCGGAGGUCAGUCAAAGUCAGGUAAUGGAGGCUAAAGUCUUCCACUCUCCAUAUGGCACUGGUGUCGCCAUAGUAACCAGCUCUGGACGCUUUACUGUGGCAACAAACAUCGAUGAUCUGAAGCUACGGCGCCUCCCAGAGGUCCCAGGCCUCCAAGGGCCCCCCUCCUGCUGGUGUGUCCUCACUCAGGACAGACAGACUAAAGUCCUUCUGUCCAAUGGCUCCGAGCUGAACGUCCUGGACAACACCUCCUGCAUCGCCGUGACCCCCCCUGGUCUCAGUCCGGACUCUGGACCCAUCCUUCAGAUGUGCGUCUCCUUCAGUUAUAAAUAUCUGGCUGUAUUCACCAAGAGCGGCCUGGUCUGGACCGGGACCUCAGACCUGAGGGAGAAGUUCAGUGAGGUGGACACCAAGAUGCACUCAGCUCCACAGCAGAUGGUCUGGUGCCGUCGGCCUCGAGCCCAGCAGCCCUCUGUGGUCCUGAUGUGGGAGCGCCUCCUGGUGGUGGCAGGGCAGUGCAGCGACACCAUACAGUUCCCUCUUGACCAGACCUCAGUCCUGGUCCCAGAACUGGAUGGAGUCCGGAUUAUCUGUGGGACUCAUCAGGAGCUGCUUCAGGAGGUCCCUCUGGUCUCACAGGAGAUCUUUAAGAUUGCAUCUAUGAGUCCAGGAGCUCUGCUGCUGGAGGCCCACCGAGAGUAUGAGAAGCACAGUCAGAAGGCAGACGAGUACCUGCGGGAGAUAAAGGAUCAGAGAGUUCUGACUGAAGCUGUGACUCAGUGUGUGGAGGCUUCAGGACACGAGUGGAACUGUACAGUCCAGAAGGCACUGCUGCGGGCGGCCUCCUUUGGGAAGUGUUUUCUUUCAGACUUCAGUCCUGAGGUGUUUGUGUCGACCUGCAGAGAGCUGAGAGUACUAAACGCAGUGAGAGACACCAGCGUGGGCCUCCCGCUGAGCCACAUCCAGUUCAAACAGAUGACUGUGCAGGUGCUGAUUGACAGGCUUGUCCACCGGAGGCUCUAUCCUUUGGCCAUAGAGAUUUGUCGAUAUUUAAAGAUCCCAGAGUUUCAGGGAGUGAGCAGAGUCCUGCGCCACUGGGCCUCGUGUAAGGUGCAGCAGACCGAUCUCUCAGAUGAAGCUGUCGCUCGAGUGGUUUGCUCUAAAGUUGGAGAUUCUCCUGGAGUUUCAUAUUCUCACAUCGCAGCCAAGGCCUACGAGAGCGGAAGACCUGAGCUGGCUAUCCAGCUGUUGGAGUUCGAGGCUCGCUCUGGAGAACAGGUUCCUUUGCUGCUGAAGAUGAAGAGAAGUCACCUGGCCCUGAGUAAAGCUGUGGAGAGUGGAGACAGUGACCUGGUUUUCACGGUGGUCACGUUUCUGAAGAAUGAGAUGAACAGAGGAGACUUCUUCAUGACUCUGAGGAACCAGCCGCUGGCGCUGAGCCUCUACAGACAGUUCUGCAGGGUGCAGGAGUCUCAGACUCUCAAAGAUCUUCUGAAUCAGGACGAUGAUCAUGAAGGACUGGGGAACUUCUAUGUGAGCGCAGCGCUGAGAGAGAAGAGGACUGAGGGGCGAGUGGCGGCGCUGCAGAACGCUGUGGACGAAUUCAACAAAGGAAAGAACGAGUUUAAUACAAAGGCGACUGAGGAGGAGAUGAAGCUGCUUCGAUUUCAGAAGAAAUUGGAUGAGGAGAAAGGGGCGGGGCUUCAGGGGCUGUGUUUACAGGACACCAUGGAGGCGCUGUUGAACCUGGGUCUGCACAAACAGGCGGAGCAGCUCUACAGAGACUUCAGAGUCCCAGACAAGAGGUUCUGGUGGUUGAAGCUUCGUGCUCUAGCAGAGAAACAUGACUGGGAGGAACUGGACAAAUUCAGCAGAAGCAAGAAGUCUCCUAUAGGCUUUCUGCCGUUUGUGGAGGUGUGUGUGAAGAACCAGAACGAGAGCGAGGCUCGAAAGUAUCUUCAGAAGGUCUCACCAGAGCAGAAGGUCCGGGCCUGUCUGCUGCUGGGGGACCUGGAGGCCGCUGCAGACGUUGCCAUAGAGAGGCGUAAUGAGGCAGAGCUGGGGGCGGUGCUUAGUCGAUGUCCCGCCUCCAACAAACUCCUGAUUGAACGACUGCAGAGGGCCACGCCCAGGAAGUGA